ACUUAUUUUUGUAAGUUGCUGUACGCGUGUAGCUGUCAACCUCGGUGGCUGUACAAUUUAGAGGUUAUGUUUCUUUUAGAAAAUUAACGAAUUUUCAUCAAUUUUUCCACUUAUUUAUAAAAAUACCUAUUAUGGACGAGAGACAUAACUGCCUGAUAUUACCAGAAUUAGUAAAAUGCAUAAAAUUGGAGUCAAAAGGCGGGAUUUUGUCAUGUUUAGAACGACUUAAAGAUAAUUCAAGAUGCUAUAAGCACUUUGUCAAAGAUGGAGGAUUAGAAAUUUUAGUAAAUUUACUUCGUUAUUUUCAUAAUAUAAAAGCACUAAACAUGACACUGAGUAUUUUAGCGAAUGCUUGCAUGAAUUCAGAUGCAAGGGAAAAGGUCAGAGGCUCUAGAAUAGCAAUUUAUGUAGUUUCUAUAGUAAAAUAUAUGAAACUAAAUAGUAGUAUGGUCUGUCGUGCCUGCAGACUAAUCGGGAAUUUAUCUGAAUGUGACUGGCAUGCAAAAUCAUUAUGUGAAGCUGGUGCAAUCCAAGCUUUGAUUGAUCUUCUACAAUUAGAUACAUAUGUGUACAUAUACUUAAUGGCUAUCAGAGCAAUAAGGAUUAUUUGGAAUACAUAUGAAGGUAGUAGAGAAGAAAUCUUAGAGUCUAGAGUAAUAUUUAGAAUUACAUAUAUAUUAGUAUCGACAAAAAAAAAAUCAGAAAAAUCAGAUAAAAAGUAUAUGGAGCUAAUAGAAACCUGUUUAAAAGCCAUAUGUGCUUUUUUGGCCACAUUGGAUCCACGAGUUGGAGAACAAUUACGAGGAGAAAAAGACAUACAGGGUUAUAAGAGUAUUGUGCAAUGCUGUGAUAUGAAUAAUAAAGUGGCAAUUAGAUGUUUGUACAAUCUUUGCCAAAUUGCAGAAUAUCGUCCCAUUUUAGGGAAUUUUGGUGCUAUUGAAAGUUUUAUUGCCCUUAUUAAAAAUCGUUUGGAAUUAUCUAAGGAAACAUUAGUCAGUUUAUGUUUGUUCUGUAGAGAAGCUGUAAAUCGUGCGAAAAUUAAGAUGGCAUCAGGUUUAGAAUUAAUGUUAUCUUUACUAAAAGAUACUGAGAUUGAAAAAUAUCAUCCCAUGUUAUUACAUGCUUUAGCACAAUUUGUUUAUGAUGAUCCAAGCAUUACAAUAAUGGUAAAAAAUGGUUUGCUUGACGUUUUAGUUGUUAAAUUAAAAAAAAUGGUAACUGAAGAUGUAUCUAAUGAGGGAACAAACGUUUCAAAGAAAAGAGAAAAUGAUUCUCCUCCUAGUAGACAAACGGAAUUAAAAUACAAUAAGACGAAUUUAGGAAGAUUUAGUUCAGACUAUUAUCGAGAUGACUGGAGUCCAGGAAGUGCUACUAGUGUUUCGUCUUCACCUCCUAGUACACCACCAUUACCUUUUUAUGAUUCUAUUGAAACUGACGAAAGUGACGAGGAUAAUUACAGUCCAGUUUGUAGUGAUGCAGAGAUGAUGGAUACAGAAGAUGAUACAGAAGAGUCUCAGAACGAAGGAAAGGAAACUAAAUCAUCGAAUGUGUGGGAGUAUGCAAAUGUGUGGACAUUAGUAUUACUAAGUCGAUUAAGUCAUUCAAAUGAUCCAAUUGAUCGGUUGGCCGAUCCCGCAACCAUUGAAGCGUUAUCAGCUUACAUUAGACACGCGAAAAACCCAAGAGCAUCUAGAAUUUUAACUAGAAUUAUAAGGAAUGGAGCGUAUUUAAUGCCAUUGUUAAAACAAGGCUUCGUUUUUGAAGCUGAAACGUUGUACGGUUCGGAACAAUAUAUGAGACAGUUAUGUGUUUUAGCAGAAACCGGCGGAGCAGUAGGUGAACUUACGUCUAUACUGCUUCGCGGAGAGGAAGCUCAUAAAUUGGUUAUCGCAGUUUCGAUACCAUUCGUAAUCAAGUCGCGAUAUAUUCUAAAAUCGCUACUGAACAAUCACGGUGGUCUUCAAUUAAUAUUUCACGUUCUAUCCGACCAACAACAUGUUCUUCACGAAAACGCUAUUUGUUCAAUUUGUCGACUGGCAAACACGCUUGAAAUUCAACCUGAGAUUAUAGAGAAGUGUCAAAUCACGGACACUGCUUCGACUGAUUUUCCAAGAGUAUAUGACAAUCAUCCCAAACUUGCAACGGUUACAUUUGAACUGGACGACGGUACGACUGUCGACGCUUGUAGGCAAACGCUGUGUCAAAAAUCGGAUGCAUUUUCCGCCAUGCUUGAAGGGUACUUUUCAGAAUCCGGCAAGAAACGUGUUAAAUUACGAAACACAUCGAAAGAAGCUCUUAACACAUUAUUGUUAGCUGCUAAUGGAGCAACUUUCGAAAAUAGAACUAUCGAAUCAUUACUAGAUGCCGUGCUAUUGGCUGAUAAAUUUCUUAUGGCUGAUAUAUCAGAUAUUCUUACAGAAAGUUCUAUUUCUCAGUUAAAUUAUAAAAACUUCAGUAAAGCGUGGAACUGGGCGAAAGCGAAUUCGUGCCAUGAACUGAAAUCCUCUUGCGUGAAGAGGUUUCUGACAGCCCCGAUGACAAAGCCUGAAAAAGUUCAAGCAUUUAAAGAUUUUUCUACCACUGAAAGUUUUCAGGAAUUUCUAGACGAAAUAAGAAAAAUCAUCAACAGCGUUUUGUGCCAACGUUAAUGACGAAUUAAUUUCAUAUAUAUAGGGUGUUUCGAUACGGUUACUAAAACCGGGCGUGCUUAAAUUUAUGGAGAAAUAAAUCAAAAAUACAGAAUGAAUAACGAUGUUUUGUUAUUUUUUAUUAUACUAUCCACAUCGAAACACUCUGUGAUAUAGUGAUAUUUACUAACGAUGGCGUGAGCAACUGUUAUAAUUAUGAUGAUUUAAUCAUUUAAUCAACAUUCUUUAAGUAGAAAGCACUUAAUGAGACUUUUACAUAAUGAAACAUUUGGUUCGUACAAUACCUUGAUCAUGCUUAUUGUCAAUAUAUUUUAAGACAUGGAAUUGAUGUAUAAAUAUACAAUUUAUAAGUAUCAUUUAAUUAUAAAUAUAUAUUUAAAUGCUGAUAAUUGUAAAUAAUUACAUGCGUUCGUGUACAUACACAAACAUGUAUGCAUGUAUAAU